AUGCUGCUGCUGCUGGUCUUUGGAGAGUGGCUGGGCUCUGGACGAAGCGACUGGGCAAGUGACCUGGUACUGGACUUUACGUCCCUUGUGCCGAGCUUCUACUCUGGCUCCUUUGAGAGUGUGCAAUGCGGUGCACCUUGCCUGCAUGUUAACCUUCUUGGCCUCACAUCCACCGACAAGCUCACUCUCGACUUCGCAGAGUUGAGCUCUUUCCUCGAGGGCCACUCUGUUACCUUUGCCUGGAAAGGCCAGCUUCCCUCCUUGGUGUCAGCCUUGCUUCACCUUCUUGACCGACCCGACGCUGUGCAGUCCCUCUUGUGGUCCUUUUUGGACACUUCCCUCCCCUCCGAGGUCCGCGCCUUUUGUGACCGGGUGAGCGACGGCUCUGCUUCUUCCGCCACCCUCCGCGCCGAAGGCACUGCCCUCCUUGGUCAACUCCGGCGCGAGCAAACUGCCCAGCAAGCUGACCAGUACGGUGAGUGGCUGGAGGAAGCUUCGAGUUCGCACCUGGGGCCGCUCUUUCGAGCUAUCAAGUCCCAUGAGCAGGUGCUUGAUCGGCCCUUUCAAGACUGCGAUGGACUUCGCCGUGUCUUUGAACGGCAUGAGCAUUGGGCCCGCGUCUGGCAAGCUUCGGUUUUUCCCCAGCACUUUGCUCACCCUCUCCUCGCGGAGCUCCGCUCGAGGGCCGUCUCCCAUUCUGGCACCCUGGCUCCCUUGACUGUUCCCCACCUUCAGAAACUUCUCAAGAAAGCCGGGAAAAAGAAAGGGGGCCCGGACGGCUGGAGCUACCCAGCCCUUCGGGCACUGGACCCGGCAGCUCUUCAGCUCGUUGCCGACUUCCUCGCCCGUGCGGAGGCUGAGGUGCUUCUGCCUUUCCAGCUCACCUGCGUUCAGGUCGCUCUUCUCCCGAAGUCGGCCGACAAGGAACGCCCCAUAAGUCUUCUACCGUGUCUGUGGAGAUUGUGGGCACGGGCUAGGUGGCAGGACAUCUCGGCUUGGACGUCGGCUUACGCCCCCGCCCACCCGUGGGACCGGGCGGUUCCAGGCCAGGCAAGCCUGGACACGGCACUGGCCCGCCUUGUCAGAUCAGAGCAUUCAAAGCUCGAGAGGACGCACAUUGUGUCGCUCUUCCUCGAUUUGCGAGGCUUCUUCGAUUCUGUGAGCUAUGAGCGCCUUCUCCUCCAAGGGCUCGCUCACAGUUUCCCUCCUCUUCACCUCUGGUUCGCCCUCCAGGUCUACCAGGGUCCUCGCUGCCUUGUGGCCGACUCGAUCGCUGCCACGCCGCUCUUUCCUGGCCGGGGCGUGCCCCAGGGUUGCCCUCUCGCUCCCUCGCUUUCCAAACUCACCAUGUCCGAGCCACUCCAGAAGGUUUCUUCCCUUCCCUUCGUCACCAACACAGACUUAUGGUUGGACGACGUGAGUUUAGACGUGGUGGGUUCCGACCCUGUCGAGGUCGCUUCCUCUGCGCUUCAGGCCUACCGGGUACUUCAUACCUCCCUCGGCCUUGAGGGCCUAGAGGUUGAGACCACAAAGACCAAGUUCGUCGCCGGUACGGCCCGCGCUCGCGCCGCGCUUCAGCAGCUGCGGCGCCCGGGCGAACCCGACACCGCCGACCUGGUUACGGCAUCGGCCGAGUCCGCCACAUGCGCCGCCUCCGCAUACGCCGCAGGUGGGUGCGUGGCCGGCUGCUCCAAGCCUCCGCCCUUAAGGCUGGCCUUUAUGGCUGGUCGUUUCGAGCACGGCUCCGCCGACGUCAUUCUCGACCUCAUGUCCCACAAGGCCGUUGACCCACACCAGCUUGUGGUUGUGGAACAGCUCCAGGCCCUUGGGCGCCUUGCCUCCAGCGCCUCACCCGAAGGCGUGCGGUUACUCACCCGCACUUGGGCCUCCUCCUGGUCCAGACAGGCCUCUGCCACCCAUGGGUGGAAAAUCGUGAACGGACCCGUUUCCGCGCUCAUCCAGUACUUACUGGACUUGCGGGUGUCUGCCCCUACCCCUGAGGUCUGGACACACCGCGAAGCUACCUUUCACUUCCGCUUCCGCGAUCCGGGAGCGGUUUUUGAGGCCUCUGCUUUCUUACGCCGGGUCAUACAGCUCGAGCGCUGGUCCCGUAUCGGCACCGUCUCCACUGCCGCUGGUGCCGCCUUAGGCAUCGAUUGGACCGUGCCCCGCCGCCUCUUAGCCAGUCCUCGGACGAAGCCCUGGCGGCAUGGCCUUAGGGCCGUCUUUCAAGGCGCCCUCCUCCACUCUGGCAACGGAGGGAAGGAACGGUGCAAGUUCUGUGGCGGCCCCAACACCCUGCACCACCUCCUUUACGAGUGCGAAAACAUCCCCGGCGCCCUCAUGCCCGCGGGCUGGCUGCUGUCCUACAAGCGGCGCCACCCUGCCGACUGCCUUUGGUUGCGCGGUAUGCGCCCCCUUUCCACCCGCGAGCCCCUCGCCCGCGAGGCUGAGGUACGCCGUACUGGCCUCUUUCUCGAAGGCACCCCUGACUUAACCGGGCUCUGCGUUGCCACCGACGCUUCCGGAGGCCCUGCCUCCAAGGAUAGUCGCCUCCGCUCGGUCGGCUGGGCCGUGGUGGUUGCCAGCAGGAGUGAUGGCGACCUUGUCGUGCUGGGCACCCUGUCCGGGCUUUUGCCUGCCCCUGCUUCUGUGCCGGAGGGCGAGAGCGAGGCCAUUGCUCAGGUCCUCCUCUCUUCCAGAGGCACUUUUGACCUCACCUGCGACUGCCAGCCCGCCCUGCGUAGCCUCCAGGGGCCCUUCACGAAGCGCACCUCGCUUGUGUGGGCCAAGGCUUGGGAACACAGGCACCGAGCUGAACCCCACUGGGUGCGCUCUCACCUUAGUCCCUCGGACUUUUGUUUUGAGUUCGGCGCUGAAGCCCUGUGGCGCCAUGAGCUCAAUUCUCUGGCGGACAAGCUCGCCAGGGACCGCGCGGAGGAGGUUCAGACUCCACACCGUCUUGCCGCCCAGAAGGAGGUAGACCGUGUCACCUCCCUCGUUUGCGAGUAUCUCGGUCACCGCGCGGUCGCAAUUUUGGCCAAGGCCGAAAAGGAGGAUUUCGUGCCGCGGAAGAACCGCCUCCUCUCCGCUCUUGAGCCCUCCUCUUCCCCCUCGCCCAACAAGAGGCAGAGGUUGCAGGAGAAGAGUUUCAACAUGUGUGUUAAAUGCUCCGAGUGCUCCCUUUGCAUCUACCAGGUUGACACGCCGGAAACCUUUGA